AUCCAAAUAUUAAAUUUAGUUUUAUUUGCUUUUUAUUUUUGCAUUUUGGACAUGAAUUCAACACAGAAAAAAUGUACGCUCCUGCAGUAAGUUGACACCACAAUUGUAAAAACAGUUAUUGUGUAAAAUUUUGGAAAACUUUGAAUUAUUUUUUUUUUACAUUUCUUAACAUUCUCUCCAAAAAGUGUGUGAUGUCAAUACAUAUUGCGGCAGAAGCCCUACCUCCCCAACCCACGCCAGCACUCCCACCCCAACCGCCAGCCCCACAACCACAGCCGGCUCCUCAUCAACCAAGGCAACGGAGGCGUGCUAGGCCACCAAUUUUCAGAACCCGUGUCAGACUUUUUGGGAUGCCAGAUGAUGUGGUGGUGCGUAGAUACCGGCUGCCACCACAUCUAAUCCUAGACACUCUCUCCAUAAUAGAGAGUGAUCUGGAGUCUGAAAUUCGGUAUCCUACAGCAAUACCACCAUUGACACAAUUCCUUGCAGUGUUACAUUUUUUGGCCACAGGAUCAUUCCAGCAUGUGGUUGGAGACCUGGUUGGCAUGUCGCAGGGCCAGUUCAGUAAGGUCCUGCGACGUGUCUGCCAGGCUUUCCUCAAGCGUGUUAAGCAAUUUAUUGCUAUGCCUUUGGAUGUUGGUGCCCUAGAUGUGGUGAAGCGGCAAUUUGCGGAAGGUGGUAGUCGCUUCCCACAUGUUAUUGGGGUUGUGGAUGGCACACAUGUAGCUAUUCAGCCACCAAAACAUAAUGAAGAAAUUUUUAGAAACAGGAAACUGUUUCAUUCUCUGAAUGUAAUGGUUGUUUGUGGGCCAUCCCUCCAGAUCCUUUCCCUGAACGCAAAGUUUACUGGAAGUUCCCAUGAUGCGUAUGUCAUUAGACAAUCAGGGAUAUGGCAGAGAUUAAGAUCAAGUCAACGACCAGACAUGUGGUUAUUGGGAGACCGUGGAUAUCCUUGCACCCCCUGGCUCAUGACUCCUUACCGUAAUCCCAGGCCAGGACCACAGAUGGCAUUUAACUCCGCGCUUACUGCCACUAGGCAGCUGGUGGAGCGCACAAUUGGUGUCCUGAAAGGGCGGUUUCGUGUUCUCCACCGCACUGGUGGCGACAUCAUGUAUUCGCCGGAGAUGGCAAGUAAAAUAGUGGUCCUGUGCGCAAUACUCCAUAAUAUCGCGGUAAGGAGUAGUGUAGAGCUUCCUCAGGCAGAGGAAUUGCCUGAUGAGGAGCCAGGGGUUGUGCCACGCUUCGGUGGGGGGAGUGUGACACGGAGGGGGAGCCAAGUGAGGGCAAGAAUUGUAGCAGAAUAUUUCAGCUGAAUUAUCACACGAACUGUGGACAACAACAACGGCAAAACUCCCCACCCCCUUCCCCUUCUCACUCCCCCUCCCCUUCUCACACCCCCUCCCCUUCUCACUCCCCCUCCCCUUCUCACUCCCCCUCCCCUUCUCACUCCCCCUCCCCUU